CUGAGUGUUUACUAGACGUCACAUGAGCAUGAGAUGCAUCACUGAUUCCCUGAGGAUGGGGAACAACAGCAGUCACAUGACUGAGAGGAUACUAAAUCUCACCCUGGAGAUCAUCUAUCUGCUGACUGGAGAGGAUUACACAGUAGUAAAGAAAAUUUCCAGUGAAUGUGAGACACCCAGCAGCGGUCCCCAUGUGUCAGGAGGACUGAGCAGGACCCAGAGCCCCAUCAUGGUGCCUCCACUGAUACACAAGAGGCACAAUGACCAGAAGAUCCUGGAACUCACCAACAAGAUUAUUCAGCUGCUGACUGGAGAGGAGGGGGAGUAUAUAGAGGAACACAGGGGUCUGUACAAGGACGUGAUGAUGGAGAAUCACCGGCCCCUCACAUCACUGGAUGGGCCCAGUAACAGAGAUACCCCAGAGAGAUGUCCCCGUCCUCUGUAUUCCCAGGAUUGUACAGAGGAGAAUCACAGGAUCCCACAGGAGGAUCAGGGUGAAGACCUUACAAAUAUGAAUGGAAAAGAAGAGACGUAUGUGACUGAUAUGAAGGCAGAAGAUACAGAGGGAGAAGAAGAGACGUAUGUGACUGAUAUGAAGGCAGAAGAUAUAGAGGGAGAAGAAGAGACGUAUGUGACUGAUAUGAAGGCAGAAGAUAUAGAGGGAGAAGAAGAGACGUAUGUGACUGAUAUGAAGGCAGAAGAUAUAGAGGGAGAAGAAGAGACGUAUGUGACUGAUAUGAAGGCAGAAGAUAUAGAGGGAGAAGAAGAGACGUAUGUGACUGAUAUGAAGGCAGAAGAUAUAGAGGGAGAAGAAGAGACGUAUGUGACUGAUAUGAAGGCAGAAGAUAUAGAGGGAGAAGAAGAGACGUAUGUGACUGAUAUGAAGUCAGAAGAUAUAGAGAGAGAAGAGACGUAUGUGACUGAUAUGAAGGCAGAAGAUAUAGAGAGAGAAGAGACGUAUGUGACUGAUAUGAAGGCAGAAGAUAUAGAGAGAGAAGAAGAGAUGUAUGUGACUGAUAUGAAGGCAGAAGAUAUAGAGGGAGAAGAAGAGACAUAUGUGACUGAUAUGAAGGCAGAUGAUACAGAGGGAGAAGAAGAGACGUAUGUGACCGAUAUGAAGGCAGAAGAUACAGAGGGAGAAGAAGAGACUUAUGUGACUGAUAUGAAGACAGAAGAUAUAGAGGGAGAAGAAGAGACGUAUGUGAUGGGUGAUCAGCAGUGUAAGGAGCAAAUCCCUACAGAUAUCAGCACAGAUGGAGGUACACGCAGGAAUGCCUUGGAGGAAGAUCUCAUCUUGUCUGCAGAUACUGACAUAGAAGAUAACAUCACACAGGAUUCUCCAGGAGACAGCCCCGUUAUACUAAAUUUACAUCCAGUACCUCUCAGUGCAGAUAUAUCAUCUGAUCCUUCUAACUGUGAGGACUGUUCUCCUGAUACCUCAGAUUUCGUUACACAUUGUGCAGCUCAUACACCUGAUAAAGUAUUUCCCUGUUCUGAGUGUGGGAAAUGUUUCACACAGAAAUCAUAUCUAGUUAUACAUCAGAGACUCCACACUGGUGAGAAACCAUAUCCAUGUUAUGAGUGUGGAAAAUGUUUUACACUGAAAUCAACUUUAGUUAUACAUCAAAGACGUCACACAGGUGAGAGGCCUUUUCAAUGCUCUGAGUGUGGGAAAUGUUUCACACAUAAAUCAACUUUAGUUGUACAUCAGAGACGUCACACAGGUGAGAAACCUUUUCCAUGCUCUGAGUGUGGGAAAUGUUUUACAAAUAACUCAGAACUUGUUAGACAUCAAAGACUCCACACUGGUGAGAUACUAUGUACAUGUUCUGAUUGUGGGAAAUGUUUCACACAAAAAUCAUCUUUAGUUACACAUCAGAGACGUCACACAGGUGAGAAACCAUUUCCAUGCUCUGAGUGUGGGAAAUGUUUUACACUGAAAUCAAAUCUUGUUACACACCAGAGAAGUCACACGGGUGAGAAACCAUUUCCAUGCUCUGAGUGUGGAAAAUAUUUUACACACAAAUCAGUUCUUGUUAUACAUCAGAGAAGUCACACAGGUGAGAAACCAUUUCCAUGUCCUGAGUGUGGGAAAUGUUUUACAUACAAAUCACAUCUGUUUAGACAUCAGAUUUCACACAGUAGAAAAGCAUUUCUAAUGGCUGAUACAAAACAGGGUCGUAGCACAGUUCCUGUCACACAGUAUUUGAACAAUGUAAGUGAGGCGGCUUCUGAUGCCGGUGUUCUGGCGGCUAAGGCCUCUACUACGUUCAUUCUGGCUCACCGGAUUAUCUGGUGGCGGUCCUGGUCUGUGGAUCGGGACUCUAAGAAAACCCUGGAGACACUGAUGGCGGUGAUGAUGGCCCUGCUCCGCUGUGAGGAGGUCAGGAUCCUACAGUAUCUGGAUGACUUGCUGAUCCUGGCGAAUUCCCCAGAAGUUCUCCGUUAUCUGGAUCUGACAGUCCAGUUUCUGCAAGCCCACGGGUGGCUCAUCAACUGGAAGAAAUCAUCCCUGGUCCCUGCUCAGAGCACGGUGCACCUGGAGUCAUUAUUGGACACUCACAACCAGCGGUUGUUCUUGUCACAGGAGAAGGUCCUGAACCUUCAGGACUGCAUUCGAUGCUUCCUUUCUCGCCCAUUUGUGUCUAUGUAUUCUGACAAGUGUGAAGUUAGUGAACCAAUACCGGAUAUGAUGGGUCUUCCUGUGUUUACUAGACGUCACAUGAGGAUGAGAUGCGUCACUGAUUCCUUGAGGAUGGAGAACGACAGCAGUCACAUGACUGAGAGGAUACUAAAUCUCACCCUGGAGAUCAUCUACCUGCUGACUGGGGAGGGUUACACAGUAGUGAAGAAAUCAUCCGGUGAGUAUGAGACACACAGCAGCCAUCCCCAUGUGUCAGGAGGACAGAGCAGGACCCAGAGCCCCAUCUUGGUGCCUCCACCUCACUCACUGAUAGAUGAGAGGCACAAUGACCAGAAGAUCCUGGAACUCACCAACAAGAUCAUUAAUCCGCUGACUGGAGAGGAGCGGGAGUAUAUAGAGGAACACAGGGGUCUGUAUAAGGACGUGAUGAUGGAGAAUCACCGGCCCCUCACAUCACUGGAUGGACCCAGUAACAGAGAUACCCCAGAGAGAUGUCCCCAUCCUCUGUAUUCCCAAGAUUGUACAGAGGAGAAUCACAGGAUCCCACAGGAGGAUCAGGGUGAAGAUCUUACAAAUAUGAAGGGAGAAGAAGAUACAUAUGUGACUAAUAUGAAGGUAGAAGAAGAGACGUCUGUGACUGAUAUGAAGGCAGAAGAUACAGAGGGAGAAGAAGAGACGUAUGUGACUGAUAUGAAGGCAGAAGAUAUGGAGGGAGAAGAAAUGACGUAUAUAACGGAUAUGUGGACAGAAGUUAUAGAGGGAGAAGAGACGUAUGUGACUGAUAUGAAGGCAGAAGAUACAGAGGGAGAAGUAGAGACGUAUGUGACUGAUAUGAAGGCAGAAGAUACAGAGGGAGAAGAAGAGACGUAUGUGACUGAUAUGAAGGCAGAAGAUAUAGAGGGAGAAGAAGAGACGUAUGUGACUGAUAUGAAGGCAGAAGAUACAAUGGAAGAAGAAGAGACGUAUGUGACUGAUACGGAGGCAGAAGAUACAGAGGGAGAAGAAGAGACGUAUGUGACUGAUAUGAAGGCAGAAGCUAUAGAGGGAGAAGAAGAGACGUAUGUGACUGAUAUGAAGGGAGAUGCAGAGGGAGAAGAAGAGACGUAUGUGACUGAUAUGAAGGCAGAAGAUAUAGAAGGAGAAGAAGAGACGUAUGUGACUGAUACGGAGGCAGAAGAUACAGAGGGAGAAGAAGAGACGCAUGUGACUGAUAUGAAGGCAGAAGAUAUAGAGGGCGAAGAAGAGACGUAUGUGACUGAUAUGAAGGCAGAAGAUAUAGAGGGAGAAGAAGAGACGUAUGUGACUGAUAUGAAGGCAGAAGAUACAGAGGAAGAAAAAGAGACAUAUCUGACUGAUAUAAAGGUAGAAGUUAUAGAUGAUGAAGAAGAAGAGACGUAUGUGAGGGAGGAUCAGCAGUGUAAGGAGAAGGAAAUCCCUACAGAUAGCAGCACAGCAGAUGGCAGCACAAGCAGUAAUGCCUUGGAGGGAGAUCUCAUCUUGUCUUCAGAUACUGACAUAGCAGAUAACAUCACACAGGAUUCUCUAGGAGACAGCCCCGUUAUGCUAAAUAUACAUCCAGUACCUCACAGCGCAGAUAUAUCAACUGAUCCCCCUAACUGUGAGGACUGUUCUCCUGAUACCUCAGAUUUUGUUACACAUCGUGCAGCUCAUACACCUGAUAAAGUAUUUCCCUGUUCUGAGUGUGGGAAAUGUUUUGCACACAAAUCAAAUCUUGUAACACAUCAGAGACUCCAUAGGGGUGAGAAACCAUUUCCAUGUUCUGAGUGUGGGAAAUGUUUCACACGGAAAUCAAAUCUUGUAACACAUCAGAGACUCCAUAGUGGUGAGAAACCAUUUCCAUGUUCUGAGUGUGGGAAAUGUUUCAGACAGAAAACAAAUCUUGUUAUACAUCAGAGACUCCACACUGGUGAGAAACCAUUUCCAUGUUCUGAGUGUGGGAAAUGUUUUACACACAAAUCGCAUUUUGUUAAACAUCAGAGACUCCACACUGGUGAGAAACUAUUUAUAUGUUCUGAGUGUGGGAAAUGUUUCACACAGAAAUUAGCUCUAGUUACACAUCAGAGAUGUCACACAGGUGAGAAACCAUUUCCAUGUCCUGAGUGUGGGAAAUGUUUUACACUGAAACCAAGUCUUGUUGUACAUCAGAGAUGUCACACAGGUGAGAAACCAUUUCCAUGCUCUGAGUGUGGGAAAUGUUUUAGAAAUAAAUCAUCUCUUGUUCAACAUCAGAGACUCCACACUGGUGAGAAACUAUAUACAUGUUCUGAGUGUGGUAAAUGUUUCACACAGAAAUUAGCUCUAGUUACACAUCAGAGAUGUCACACAGGUGAGAAACCAUUUCCAUGUCCUGAGUGUGGGAAAUGUUUUACACUGAAACCAAGUCUUGUUGUACAUCAGAUAACUCACACAGGUGAGAAACCAUUUCCAUGUCCUGAGUGUGGGAAAUGUUUUACACAGAAAUCAACUUUAGUUACACAUCAGAGAUGUCACACAGGUGAGAAACCAUUUCCAUGCUCUGAGUGUGGGAAAUGUUUUAGACUGAAACCAAGUCUUGUUGUACAUCAGAUAACUCACACAGGUGAGAAACCAUUUCCAUGUCCUGAGUGUGGGAAAUGUUUUACACAGAAAUCAACUUUAGUUACACAUCAGAGAUGUCACACAGGUGAGAAACCAUUUCCAUGCUCUGAGUGUGGGAAAUGUUUUAGACUGAAACCAAGUCUUGUUACACAUCAGAGAAGUCACACCGGUGAGAAACCAUUUCCAUGCUCUGAGUGUGGGAAAUGUUUUAGACUGAAACCAAGUCUUGUUACACAUCAGAGAAGUCACACCGGUGAGAAACCAUUUCCAUGCUCUGUGUGUGGGAAAUGUUUUACACACAAAUCAGUUCUUGUUAAACAUCAGAGACUCCACACAGGUGAGAAACCAUUUCCAUGCUCUGAGUGUGGGAAAUGUUUUAUACAGAAAUCAGCUCUAGUUAGACAUCAGAUAACUCACACAGGUGAGAAACUAUUUCCAUGUCCUGAGUGUGGAAAAUGUUUUACACAGAAAUCAGCUCUAGUUAGACAUCAGAGAAGUCACACAGGAGAGAAACCAUUUACAUGUCCUGAGUGUGGGAAAUGUUUUAACUACAAAUCACAUCUUUAUAGACAUCAGCUUUCACACAGUAGUAAAGCAUUUCUAUGAGCUGAUACAAAACAGGGUUGUAGCACAGCUCCUGUCCCUCAGUAUUUGAACAAUGUAAGUUAACUAUCCACAGACAAUUGGAAUGGAUGUCAUAUAAGAUUGGAGUAGAUCACUCGGAUGAAACAAAAGCUGAGUACACAAUAAAUAUGUACCCAGCCCAACAUCACUGCUGCCGGGACCCUGCAUGUGGCAAGUGCAUACUGCAGGGCCAACGGGAUGUCACUAAUGACCCGUGGGAGAGCAUACCAUGGGCACACACUAGACGAUUAUUCUGUUAGAUAUUGGCCCCACUCUCCACAGUAAUAAAAGAUCACAUUGUU